GCCACUUUCCUUGGCGACAGAGAUUUCUGUCGUUUCCUUGGCGAUUCUCUUGGCGUAGCUUAGCAACAUCUAGCCAUUUUUAUGUGCUAUAGAUUUAUCCCACGUAAUUUAAUUUAGUCAAGACCAUUUGAAAAGUACAGCUGUUGGUAUUCUGCUGUGAGGCUCUUCUCGCGAUAAUGCCAUUUUUUUCAUCAGCAUAUGCUGCAGUGGCUUCAACUUUAUUUUAAGAGACGUUUGCAUACCAACCAUUGAAGUACACACUCUACACUAAGACCAGACUUGGCUACAUGUACUACAAACGGCAAAUGCGGAAAGCUCGUGAAAAUUACCCUGGAGGGCAUUCAGCUACAGAUCCCGUGGAGUUCAAUGGUGUUAAAAUAAUUCCUAUCUCUGUGCUCUCUGACAACUACAGCUACCUUAUCAUCGACAGAGCCUCGAGCAUCGCAGUCGUUGUAGACCCUGCAGACCCUCAGAUAGUUCAGGCAGUCCUCGAGGCAGAAGGAGUAAUGUUAGAAGCAAUACUAUGUACACACAAGCACUGGGACCACAGUGGGGGAAACAAAGGGUUGAAACGGCUGCACAGCUCAUGCCGAGUUUAUGGAAAUGCGGCUGAUAACAUUCCUGGCCUCACGCACCCUCUCUCACACAAUGACUCGGUAACAGUUGGGCGUAUGCGCUUUAAGGCCCUCUUUACCCCUGGACACACGGUAGGCCACAUGAUCUACCUCUUGGAUGGUCAAACGGUCGGUGCCCCCUCCAGCCUCUUCUCUGGUGACCUGGUGUUUCUCUCAGGAUGUGGGAGAAUGUUUGAAGGCAGUGCAACAACAAUGCUGUCAUCUCUGGACACAGUUGGCUCCUUGACUGAUGAUACUCUAUUAUGGCCUGGUCAUGAGUAUGCAGAGGACAACCUGCUGUUUGCUGCUGAGGUUGAGCCGCACAACACAGCCAGGGAAAACAAAUAUCAGUGGGUGCUGCAGCAGCGUGGCCAGAAGCUGUGCACGUGUCCCUCCACGAUUGGAGAAGAGAAGCAGUACAAUCCUUUCCUGCGCAGCCACUCUGCAGAGCUCCACCUGGCUCUGGGUGUCCAGCAAUUCCAGGAAGAAGACUGGACCCAGUUUAGGGCAAGGGUGCUGGAGGAACUGCGAAAACGCAAAGACCUCUACAACAGGAGAUAGUACUACCAAGACGUCCUAAACUUUAGGGAACAGCAGAGCUCAGCUGCACCAGGCACUGGUACAAAAGCAGCUAUUUGCAGGUGAAAGCUAAUAAUAAAUUGAUCUCUAAAGGUA